AUGGAUAGAGAAAAUGAACCUAUGUCAGAAACGGCUAUUCUUCCGUUGGUCGACGUCGUAAAGAAAGAAUGGAAAAAGGAUGACGAAAUCAAAGGCGAGCAAGGUGGAAAAAAAGAAGGAACAGAAGAUCUUAAGAGACAUUUCGAUGAAAUCGCAGAAAGACUUGAAGAAAGACUUGACCAUAAAAUAGAUGGAGUGAGUCAUGAAAUGAAGAAAGUACGACUUCAGAGUGAGGUAAUGUGGUAUAGUGCUCCAGGUACUGAUACGGAAACCGACAAGGGUAUCUUUGUAGGAGAACGAGGUACUGAAACUACGUUCCCACUUAAACUGACAACGACUACCCAAAGAAGAGUAUACGGAAAGUUUAAAUAUCCACCUAGCCCUGACGUCCCAGAAAAAACAUUGCAAGAAUAUUUUAUUGAUGAAUGCAAACCAUUACAAAAAUCAAAAGAUUCAAAACUUGUUGUUGAAGACGUACAUUCUAUCCCUCUACUGGCCACUCGAAAACCGGACUUUGUAUUCAUUGCUAAAGGUCAUCCUUUAGAUGCAUUGCGUGUUGUAGCCGUUGGAGAAAUAAGGAAACGAUCUAGCAAUAAUUUCACUAACGCAGAUAUAGGACACGCCGUAUCAUUUGGUGAAAAGGUCCUCCAACUCCAGCCUCGGAGAGCCUAUGUAUAUGUGCUUUUAACAGAUUGCAGACUUGUCUGCAUUUAUAAAGUGACUAGGUGCAACUCUAACAUUGGUAACAAUAUCCGAUUCUCGUAUGAAUACAUAUCACCUGCAAAUUUAAACUAUGAAUCCAGUACUUACGCUCCAGCUGGGUGGAAGUAUCUAGUAACGAUUAUGGAAAGUGAUCCGGAAAAACUUGGAUGGAUUGAUCCAUCAUUGAAAUUCGACUCGGAUACUGUGAAGCUUGUUCGAUCAAUCAAUACAGGCAGGACUAGUAUUGUGUAUGAAGGAAAACUUAAUGAUAAGGAUCCUGUAGUUGUUAAAUUGGCGAAAGAGGAAAAAUAUCUUUCUUGUUUUGAAAGGGAAAAAAAUGUGCUAGAAAAUUUUAAAUCGCCUCAUUUUCCAAAACUCCUCCUGUAUGAUAAGAACUCCCUUGUCACAACUCCUCUAGGUACGAAAGUCAAAAAUAUGCAAAAGAAGGAUGUCAGAAAUAUCAUUGAUACCCUGAGGAUGGCACAUUCACAAAAUAUUGUCCACAUGGAUCUUCGGAGAUAUAACUUCAUUCGUGACCAUGACGAAAAAAUCUUUAUUAUUGAUUGGGGAUAUAGCGCAACAAGAAAUGAAACUGGUAAUUUCGCUGGAGCACUUGAGUGUAUGCCUGAUGAUAUCUUAAAAUUAUUAGCCGAUGGUAAACAAAUUUUAUACUCACCACGUAUUGACCUAAUAUGCCUGGUAAGGUCGUUUUAUUUAAUGCUUCACAAACCGGCAAAUACAGCAAUGGAGAGAAUUUCCUUUGACAAGAUUCCUAACUUCAAAUCACGGGCAAAAAAUGUGUUGACCUUUUGGUCCUCCCAUGGUAAAUCAGAUAUAUGGCAAAAAAUCCAUCAAGAAGCGAAUGACUUGAAUUAUGAUAAUUUAAUCAAAGAACUUGAAAGAUUAUUUUAA